GGUAAAGAACCACUCGACGCCGAGCCGCUGUCGGACGGAGGGUGGCAGCCGCGCCUCAGCUUCCUCCCGCCCUCAGCCCCUCCCUUCCUCUCGCCGCCGCCGGCCCUACGCCGCCGGGCCGGCUCCUCCUCCCUUGCUUCGUAUCUUGGCCGAGAGCUGGCGGUGCCAGGGCACAGCCGAGCGCGAUGGCCCGCGAGGAGGUGGCAGUGGCUAGUGAGGAGGCGGCGGUGGCCGAGGGGGGCGGCCUGCUGCUGGACAUUGUGGGCUCCCCGCUCAACCUGAGCCUGCUGGGCCUCUGCCUCUUCCUGCUCUACCAAAUCCUGCGGGGCGAGCGGCCCGCGGCGCCCGAAGGCGAGACGGAGCCGCCGCCGCUGCCCAAGCUGAAGCGCCGUGAUUUCACGCUGGCGGAGUUGCGGCCCUACGACGGGGUGCAAGAUCCCCGUAUCCUUAUGGCCGUCAACGGCAAAGUCUUCGACGUGACCCGUGCCAAGAAGUUCUACGGGCCCGAGGGUCCAUAUGGGAUUUUUGCUGGAAGAGAUGCAUCCCGAGGUCUUGCCACGUUCUGCCUGGAUAAGGAGGCUCUGAAGGAUGACUAUGAUGACCUCUCUGAUCUCAAUGCUACACAGCAAGAGACCUUGAAGGACUGGGAAUCACAAUUUACUUUUAAGUAUCACUAUGUUGGUAAGCUGCUGAAAGAAGGGGAGCAACCCACUGUAUACUCUGAAGAUGAAGAAAAGGAUGUCCAGGAAGCAAAGAAAGAGUAGAGGGUGCACUGAGGAACAAUCUUUUUUUAAUCAUAAAGGAUCAUUUGUAACAUUCCACUUCUGUUUUACAAACUGCAACAGCAGCAAUGCUUACAAAAGGUCCAGAGAUAGUGUUUCUUUUCAAAGGUUUCCUUUUUGAAUUUAGUGGUAAACUACUACAUGUCUAAGAUCUGUCUUCAAACCUGCUAAUCUAAAAGUAUGCACAAAAAAAUGUCUGUGCAAAAGUAAAAUGCAGUUUUGGCAAUAGAAGACUUACUGUUUUUUUCUCCUACACCAUUUAGUGCAGAAUAGGUUGACAUCCAGUUUUUCACUAACAGCCUAGCACUGUCGACACAAGCACAGAAGUAACUUCACAUAUGUAACACUAGUUCCACUAAGUCUUAUUUUGUGUUAGCUUCUGCACGACCUGGGCCUUGGGUUGUAAUCCUUUAGAAAAAGGACUAUGUUAUUUGUCCAUGAAGCAUCAUGCUCAUUUGUGGUGCAGAGUAAUUCAAUAUUAGGUAAGAUGAUUUGCUUUUAGGGAGUUACAUAGUGUCUUACACUAACUGCUUUAGAAAGAAUUUUUGAGAGGUUAAAUUACUUUUACAUACUUAACAAAAUUAAUAUGGACUGGUGAAUACUUGAUGUAUUCAGUCAUGCAUAAUUAUGCAUGGAUUAAUAUUUGUUUACUUUUAAAGCACAUCUGAUGUGUUACAGAGGUUUAGAUACUGAGCAUAACUUGGCAUCCCUACAAACAGGUACACCACGAAAUGUGACUUGACUGCACUACUGGUCAUUCACUAUUGGUAAGGUUCUUCUGUGAAUUUUAGUGAAAUAGUAUUGAACAGGGAAGUUCAGCUGCUAUUGACUCCUUGGCCUAAACAAGAAAACUUGUUGCUACACAAGUGCUCCUGUACAUCCAGCUUUAACUAGCAGAAAAGCAUUACCAAUGUAACCUAGGUGAGUUUCCUGUACAAAAUAAACCAACCUGGUGUAAGCUGUUUCUGCGUUGAGGCCCUUGUUGCUUUGGAAAUGUUGCCAUUAGAAGACCAGGCACAAUCUUGUGCACAACCACCAGUGCUACACCUGAGGGACCUUUUAGUUGCCUUUUACUGAUUUGUUCUCUUAGCUCAUAUCUAUGCUCAGUGGCUAGAUUUUUUUCUAAUUAGGUAGCCUAGUCUCCUGCAGGGGUUGGGUGGGGCUGGGUUAAGUGGAUUUGACCAAAGGAAAACAUAAAUGUGCUCGCUUCAUCAUCCAAAAUACUUGGCAUACUUUCUCAGAAAUUCCAAGGAGGUAACUAUCUCAUAAAGAUGUUUUCUGUCAGGUGAUUCUGCCUGGGCACCUGCCUGGCACAGUUCUGCCUGUUUCGUUCCUCUGGUUGGGAUGGACUGUCCAGCCCAGCUGUUUCAAUUUGACAACAAGACCAAAACGCUGAACUGAGUCCUGAGUGGGAAAGUGUAAGCUAGGAAAACUGCUGAGAAGAGUGCAUUGCACAAUGACAGGUUUCAAAACAAGUUAACACACUUAAGUGCCUGACACCAUCUGUGGUAAGAACAAGUGACUUUCCCUCAGUCCUAACACUGUCAUAGCAUUUUCUUUUGGUUACCUGGGCCUUCAAAUGAGGAGUAUGGAUUUUGGAGCCAGAUAGCUUGUGUAAAGUGCUACUGUAUGAACUACCUAAGGAAGGUCUAGAGACAAAUGUAAACCUUGUUGUGACCUUUGUGUUGCUGUUUUAUUUUUAGAGACGUUUAUACUCUGCAAACUACUAAUGAUGGUUUACCUCAAAUCAGAAAUGUGCUUUUAUUUGUUUAAGGCAGAAAAUUAAAUACUCUUGCAUAA